AAACCAUUCAAUUUGUUACUUUUAGCACUAGUUGUUAAGGAAGGGCAUCAAUAAACUUGUGUUAGUUUGCCAUUGCUAUCUAUUAGGUUUCCACUUUCCAUCUAUGGCUUUCUGCUACUGAAAUCUUCAAUGUUGUUUCAUAGAACCAAAGAAAACAGAGUUCUGUGCGAUAUCGUAGUUAUUACAGUUAUUGGUUAACAUGCUGAGAUCAGCUUUCACUCCCAUAUUCACGACCUUUCCCUCCAACACCAAGCCUCCCAUGCUGGCGCGCACGAUAAUCAACGCAGUAACGAAAUCCCCAGAAACUGUUCGACGAAAUGCCUCAAUCGAUUUUCCAACCCUGCAUAAGCUCCCCCCAACGUCAGCUUACGUUCACCUCCCAUUCUGCCGGAAGCGCUGCCACUACUGCGACUUCCCCAUCCUAGCCCUCGGCGCCUCCUCUUCCCGGCCAGAUGAUGACCCGCGAAUUGUCGACUACGUUGAACUCAUUUGCAGAGAAAUUAAGGCCACCCCGGUAAACUCAAACACCAAUCCGCCUCUCGAAACUGUCUUUUUCGGUGGCGGGACACCUUCUCUCGUGCCCCCUCGGCUGGUUUCGUUAGUCCUGGACGCAUUGAAUUCAAAAUUCGGGUUGUGCUGCGGUGCUGAAAUAUCAAUGGAGAUGGACCCGGGAACAUUUGGCGCUGUGAAGUUGAAGGAGAUGAUGAAGUUGGGAGUGAACAGAGUGUCUUUGGGAGUUCAGGCCUUUCAGGAGGAGCUGCUGAAAGCUUGUGGUAGAGCUCACGGUUUGAAGGAGGUUCAUGAGGCUAUAGAGACUGUUGGGUUAUGCGGGGUUGAGAAUUGGAGCAUGGAUCUCAUAUCGUCUCUUCCGCUUCAGACACCACAAAUGUGGGAAGAAAGCUUGAGGCGCACCAUUGAAGUGCAGCCUACUCAUGUUUCAGUAUAUGAUUUACAAGUUGAACAAGGCACCAAAUUUGGGAUACUGUAUACUCCUGGAGAGUUCCCCUUGCCUUCUGAAAACCAAUCUGCCGAGUUUUAUAGAAUGGCUUCUAAGAUGCUAUCUGAAGCUGGUUUUGACCAUUAUGAGAUCAGUAGCUACUGCAAGACUGGUUACAAGUGCAAGCACAACUUUACAUACUGGGAAAACAAACCUUUCUAUGCUUUUGGACUCGGGGCAGCCAGUUUCCUCAACGGAUCAAGGUUUUCCAGGCCAAGGAAGCUCAAAGACUACACAGGAUAUGUGCAGAGUUUAGAGGCUGGAACAGUAAAUUGCUUUGGGAACAAUAAUGUGGAUCCUCAGGACAUAGCCAUGGAUGUUGUCAUGCUCUCGCUGAGAACUGCAAGGGGUUUGGAUUUGAAGUCUUUUGGUGAAGCCUUUGGUAGCUCAACUGUUCUCUCCCUUUGUGAUGUCUAUAAACCAUAUAUGGAAAGUGGCCAUAUACUGUGCUUGGAUGAGCAGAGGAGAAACAUUACAGCAGAUGAAUUCAGUACUUUGUUAACUGAUAAGUGCAAGAUCAAAGACAAACUUGCUUUCAUUCGUCUCAGUGACCCUGAUGGUUUUUUACUAUCCAAUGAGUUGAUAUCUCUCGCGUUUCGUGCUAUAUCUCCUGACUGAGUGCUUCUAGUCUUUUUGGAGUGCAUAAAAGAGUAAUACUUCAGGUACUCUCAAAAGUUAAAAACUUUAAUGUGACAUACUAUGAUUAAUUGAUUAUACUUUGAUGAAAA